CCUACGCCGGGCGGAGCCUGGCCCGCCCCCUGCGCCGGAGCCCAGGAGCCCCAGGCCCGAGCCACGCGAUCGGCCGGUCGCCCGGGGCUCGGGCCGCGGACGCGCGAUGGCGACUUGGCGGCGGGACGGCCGGCUGACGGGCAGCCAGCGGCUGCUAUGCGCCGGGCUGGCGGGGGCGCUCAGCCUCAGCCUCACCGCGCCGCUGGAGCUCGCCACCGUACUGGCCCAGGUCGGCGUCGUGCGCGGCCGCGCCCGGGGGCCGUGGGCCGCGGGGCUCCGCGUGUGGCGGACCGAGGGGCCGCGCGCCCUGUGGAAGGGGAACGCGGUGGCCUGCCUGCGCCUCUUCCCCUGCAGCGCCGUCCAGCUAGCCGCCUACCGCAAGUUUGUCGUGCUGUUCAUGGAUGACCUGGGCCAUAUUUCCCAGUGGAGCUCCAUCAUGGCUGGGAGUCUCGCAGGGAUGGUUUCCACCAUUGUGACAUAUCCUACAGACCUCAUCAAAACUCGGUUAAUUGUGCAGAACAUGCUGGAACCAUCCUACAGGGGGAUCCUCCAUGCAUUUUCUACUAUUUAUCAACAGGAAGGGUUCCUGGCCCUUUAUCGAGGGGUUUCCCUUACUGUUUUAGGUGCUCUCCCUUUCUCUGCUGGCUCCCUUCUAGUUUACAUGAACCUGGAGAAAAUCUGGAAUGGACCCCGGGAUCGGUUCUCUCUCUUCCAGAACUUUGCCAAUGUCUGCCUGGCUGCUGCAGUGACCCAGACCCUCUCCUUCCCCUUUGACACUGUGAAGAGGAAGAUGCAGGCUCAGAGCCCCUACCUUCCCCAUGGUGGAGGGGUGGAUGUCCAUUUCUCAGGAGCAAUGGACUGCUUCCGGCAGAUAGUGAAAGCCCAAGGGGUCUUGGGGCUCUGGAAUGGAUUGGCAGCCAACCUGCUGAAGAUAGUUCCAUAUUUUGGAGUUAUGUUUGGCACCUUUGAGUUCUGCAAGAGAAUCUGUCUUUACCAAAAUGGUUACAUCAUGUCUCCUCUGAGCUAUAAAUUGACCCCAGGGGUGGAUCAGAGUUUGAAGCCCCAGGAGUUACGGGAAUUAAAUAAGUUCUUCAAAACUGGACAACUAAAGUCUAAAAAACCAACUCUUUAAAACUGAAUGGAACUAGAAGUGCAUUGAUUGAAGGCGUGUUGCAAUCAGAGAGGAAUGUAGCCUCAGAAUUGUGCACGCAUGGUGUAACAAGAGGGUGCUCCUGUCUGCUGCUCUUGGAAAUGAGAAGAUUUGGCCAUACCUGAGCUCCAGAGUGAUGGCCCUGUGAACACCUGCACCACCAUGAUUUUAUAACAAAACCUAGCAGUAAUGAAAUGUACAGUUUACACUCUGGAUAUAAAUAGGCAAUGUCAGUCAGUCAGUUCAGUCACUCAGUCAUGUCCAACUCUUUGCGACCCCAUGGAUUGCAGCACGCCAGGCUUCCCUGUCCAUCACCAACUCCCAGAGCUUGCUCCAACUCAUGGCCAUCAAGU